AUGUAUGUAUAGAAUCUUUUUCUACCUGCAGUUCAGCACACAACUCAUACAUAGCAGAAGAAUCUAGGGUUCUUGAUUAAUUUCCAUUACAUAUACACACAACACUCCAUACAUACAUACACAGUUCCCAGUAGCAGAUUCAUCAAAUCUUGUUCAAUUUCAAAUUUUAAUUACAAUUCUUGAUAAACAGAGAAAACCCAGUAUUUAUUAUGAUAAUAUCUCUUCUUUUCCCCCAAUUUUCAUCACCAUCUGGCUCAAAUCACCUCACUAAUCUUCGUGUUCUUGGCCCUGGCUUGAAUCCCACUUGUCACCAUUCUUUUUCUCGCUAAUCGUGCUAUAAAAAUUGUGUCUUUAUAUUGUCUAGUGCUUUCUUGAUUGUCUUUAAGCUUAGAGAUUGCAUCUUUAUUGUUUGUAGUGAUUUUCUUGGUUAAAGAAGGGAAGAAUUUGAUAAGGGUCUGUUUAAUUUGAAAAGCAAUAUUGGCUGUUGUUUUCUUUAUUGUGUUUUAGCUGAAAGAUUGCAUCGUUAGUGCUUGUAGUGAUUUAUCUUGGUUAAAGAAGGAAAGAUUUGAAAAGGGUCUGUUUGGUUUUGUGUUUUGAGUGGAGUUUAUGGGUCAAGAGGAUAUGGUUUCGAGUCGUGGUAGUAGACGAGCUUCGAGGGGUGGAGGUGGUGAUAGGGAUGAUAGGGGGUGGACUAUGCUUCAUAUUGGUGCUCGACGAGGCGAUGUCAAGGAGGUGAGACGUCUUCUCAACGAAGGGGUUGAUGUUAAUGUCGCUGCUUUUGGGCCCAAAUCACAUGGGAUCACCCCUCUCCAUCUUGCUGCUAAGGGUGGGCACCUUAAAGUGAUGGAUGCAUUGCUUGAGUGUGGGGCAAAUAUUGAUGCCCGAACCAAGGGUGCCUGUGGCUGGACUCCGCUUCACACUGCAGCCAAAGAAAGAAACAGAAAAGCGGUUAAGUACCUGGUUGAAAAUGGUGCCUUCUUGCCUGAUGACAUUAAUGAUGCCAGGUUCAAUCCUCCCCUCCACUACUGCUCCGGUCUGGAAUGGGCCUAUGAGGCAAUGAAGCUUCUUCAAGAAGAGAACUCGUCAUCUGGGGAAACCAGCUACAGCUCCGAAAGCUGAGACACCGAAUUGGUUUGCUGCUACUCUUCAUGAAAUCAGUUGGUUCUGGAUAACUAGUAUCAGUUAUGAUCUACCAGGUCUUUCUUUUAAAUAUGCAUAAUCGAGAUACUGAACUUGUGCUUUCAAUCUGUUUCUGUUAUAUAUACAUAUGGAUAUUGAAUACACUCCAUAUGCAAGGAUUACAAAUACAUAUGGAUAUGUAAGGAACUGCUUAUGAAUCGCUCUGUUGCGUUGUUCUUGUC